AAGGUCACAAGCGCCCGUUGGUCAUUUCCGUGUAUCACGGCAUGAGGAGUAGUGCGGUUAAUGGGAGUGUUGUUUUGUCUUUCACUAAGUGUAAACACCUGGCUGUUUAUCAGAGAUACAGAAACUAAUUAAACCAUCUAUUGUUAUACAUCAGCAGCGACUACACAGAGGCAGAAUCAAAGCGGAAGGAACAGUUUACAUUUUUCAGCUUCCAAACAGACUCUGGAGCUCAGCCAACCUUGUGUCCCGUGGGUGCCGUGCGCUGACUCCGUCUGGUACCGAUGGCACGUCCGUUUCCUGCUUACUCUGAACGUCGGCCCUUCGUACCUGAUUUUCCAGAGAUUCGAGAAAUCCCUGCCUCCAAGCACCGAGGACGGACACAACUACGAGUACAUAUCUGACCGAAUGCAAUGGUGCCAUCAUUGACGUGUGAAUAUUCCAGCGAAGCAACUGUGCUCUUCAUAUCUGAAAUUCACUAGCCAUGAGGUAGAGGUAGUAUGGGCCGAGGCGGGCGCAAGUUGGCGCUCUGUCUGACCGUCGCGCUGUUUGCAGCGUGGGCACUUUAUCGUCUGCUGACCUCUUGUGCCGUCUGGUACGACCAUAGACCCAUUAUGAUGCCCAGAAAUACAUACAUCUUGGGAGAGAACAGGAAGGUAUACCCAUAUGAUAGGUAUAUGCCACUCAUCUUCAUUGGUGGAGUGCCCCGCUCUGGCACGACCCUCAUGCGAGCCAUGCUUGAUGCACACCCGGAAGUCAGAUGUGGCCAGGAGACACGUGUUAUUCCUCGAAUUCUUCAGAUGAGGUCUCACUGGCUCAAGUCACAGAAAGAAAGUGUUCGAUUAGAAGAAGCAGGCCUAUCAAAGGAGGUAUUGGAUUCAGCCAUUGCUGCUUUCUGUCUGGAAGUGAUAGCAAGGCAUGGAGAUCCAGCGCCACGGCUGUGCAACAAAGAUCCUCUCACAUUUAAGUCUGCAUCUUACCUCUCUGAGCUUUUCCCCCAAGCCAAGUUUAUUUUUAUGUUACGAGAUGGCCGUGCCACUGUGCAUUCCAUCAUAUCCAGAAAGGUGACCAUCACAGGGUUUGAUCUGACAAGCUAUCGCCAGUGUCUGACAAAGUGGAACUCUGCAAUCCAGACUAUGUAUAACCAGUGCCGUGAAGUGGGACCCUCACGUUGCUUCAUGGUAUAUUAUGAACAACUGGUCCUGCAUCCUGGUGAGUGGAUGCGACGUAUUCUUCAGUUCCUUGACAUCCCUUGGAAUGAGUCUGUUCUUCACCAUGACGAACUCAUCAACAAGCCAGGUGGUGUUUCAUUAUCCAAGGUGGAGCGGUCGUCGGACCAAGUGAUAAAACCAGUAAACUUAGAAGCACUGACCAAAUGGGUGGGCAACAUACCAAGUGAUGUCGUGCGAGACAUGGCUGACAUUGCACCCAUGCUGUCUGUGUUGGGCUAUGAUCCAUAUGCAAAUCCGCCAGCAUAUGGUUCACCUGAUGCAUUUGUUGCUGACAACACAAAGAGGAUACGUGCCAAUGUGCAACUUUGGGAGAACAGAGCUAAAGACUUACUUAGUCCACAACGGACGUUUCAGGAUGUGAAUAUCGAGGAUUCAGCAUCAGAAGCUGCACCUGCUCCUGCUGCUGCGUGAUCCCAUCUUUCUUGAGGUGCUUCUUCUGUUGGGUCUUGUGUGCAUCAUGAAGCUUAAGGACAGAAAUAAGCUAAAUAAACUAAAAGAUGUUCAUUCUGUCUAACCCAAGACUUCCCAAUAUUUCAUGUUUGGUUUCACACAUGAAUUUUAAGAACAAGUAUUGUAAAUAAAACCACAUAAUUCAUUCAA